CAGGGGCCGAGGGGAGCCGGCCGAGGGGCUGGCCGCGGGGCCGGCCGGCUCACCGACCCGGGCAGCGUCCGCCGGCUCCAGCCAACACCCGUGCUUCACCCCAGGUGCUCCUGUGCCUCCAGCCAGACCCUCCCUGAGCUGGGCUGAGGCUCCUGUCCUCUGAUCCCCUCCUCUAUCCGCGAUGCCUACCAUGGAGACAUUGGCCGGGAGGAAGCCACAUCUGCUGCUGCUGCUGCUGGUCACCAUGGCCCUUGUUGCUUCCCCAGCUUGGAGUUUAGCCCAGGGAUCCCUGGCCACCUUUGGGCCUGUCUUUGAAGAACAACCUGUCGGCCUGCUAUUCCCAGAGGAGUCUACGGAGGAGCAGGUGAUGCUGGCGUGCCGUGCCCGGGCCAGCCCUCCAGCCACCUAUAGGUGGAAGAUGAAUGGCACCGAGAUGAAGCUGGAGCCAGGUUCCCGCCACCAGCUGGUGGGGGGCAACCUGGUCAUCAUGAACCCCACCAAGGCACAGGAUGCUGGUGUCUAUCAGUGCCUGGCCUCAAACCCAGUGGGCACUGUGGUCAGCAGGGAGGCCGUCCUCCGCUUUGGCUUUCUGCAGGAAUUCUCCAAGGAGGAGCGAGACCCUGUGAAGACCCACGAAGGCUGGGGGGUGAUGCUGCCCUGUAACCCACCUGCCCACUACCCAGGCUUGUCCUACCGCUGGCUCCUCAACGAGUUCCCCAACUUCAUCCCGACGGACGGGCGCCACUUCGUGUCCCAGACCACAGGGAACCUGUACAUUGCCCGGACCAACGCCUCGGACCUGGGCAACUACUCCUGCCUGGCCACCAGCCACAUGGACUUCUCCACCAAAAGCGUCUUCAGCAAAUUCGCCCAGCUCAACCUGGCUGCUGAAGAUCCCCGGCUCUUCGCGCCCAGCAUUAAGGCCCGGUUCCCAGCAGAGACCUACGCGCUAGUGGGCCAGCAGGUCACCCUGGAGUGCUUCGCCUUUGGGAAUCCUGUGCCCAGGAUCAAGUGGCGCAAAGUAGACGGCUCCUUGUCCCCACAGUGGGCCACAGCCGAGCCCACCCUGCAGAUCCCCAGCGUGAGCUUUGAAGACGAGGGAACGUAUGAGUGUGAGGCGGAGAACUCCAAGGGCCGCGACACCGUCCAGGGCCGCAUCAUUGUUCAGGCUCAACCCGAGUGGCUCAAAGUGAUCUCAGACACAGAGGCUGACAUCGGUUCCAACCUGCGCUGGGGCUGCGCGGCUGCAGGGAAGCCCCGACCCACCGUGCGCUGGCUGCGGAACGGGGAGCCUUUGGCCUCCCAGAACCGGGUGGAAGUGUUGGCCGGAGACCUGCGGUUCUCCAAGCUGAGCCUGGAGGACUCGGGCAUGUACCAGUGUGUGGCAGAGAACAAGCACGGCACCAUCUAUGCCAGCGCUGAGCUGGCCGUGCAAGCACUGGCGCCUGACUUCAGGCAGAAUCCUGUCAGGCGUCUGAUCCCUGCCGCUCGAGGAGGAGAGAUCGUCAUUCCCUGCCAGCCCCGGGCAGCUCCAAAGGCCGUGGUGCUCUGGAGCAAAGGCACUGAGAUUUUGGUCAACAGCAGCAGAGUGACCGUAACUCCGGAUGGCACCUUGGUCAUAAGGAACAUCAGUCGGUCCGACGAGGGCAAAUACACGUGCUUUGCUGAGAAUUUUAUGGGCAAAGCCAACAGCACCGGGAUCCUGUCUGUGCGUGAUGCAACCAAGAUCACUCUGGCCCCCUCAAGUGCCGACAUCAAUGUGGGUGACAACCUCACCCUACAGUGCCACGCCUCCCAUGACCCCACCAUGGACCUCACGUUCACCUGGACCCUCGAUGACUUCCCCAUUGACUUUGACAAGCCUGGGGGUCACUAUAGGAGAGCCAGUGUGAAGGAGACCGUUGGGGACAUGACCAUCCUGAAUGCCCAGCUGCGCCAUGGAGGGAAGUACACAUGCAUGGCCCAGACAGUGGUGGACAGUGCAUCCAAGGAGGCCACCGUUCUGGUCCGAGGUCCACCAGGCCCCCCAGGAGGCGUGGUGGUGAGAGACAUCAGUGACACCACUGUCCGGCUAAGCUGGAGCCGUGGCUUCGACAACCACAGUCCCAUUGCCAAGUACACCCUGCAGGCCCGCUCUCUACCUGCAGGGAAGUGGAAGCAGGUUCGGACCAAUCCUGCCAACAUCGAGGGCAAUGCCGAGACCGCCCAGGUGCUGGGCCUCACGCCCUGGAUGGACUAUGAGUUCCGAGUCUUAGCCAGCAACAUCCUGGGCACCGGGGAGCCCAGUGGCCCCUCCAGCCGAAUCCGGACCAAGGAAGCAGCCCCCUCAGUGGCACCAUCAGGACUCAGCGGAGGAGGUGGAGCCCCGGGAGAGCUCAUCGUCAACUGGACUCCCAUGUCACGGGAGUACCAGAACGGAGACGGCUUCGGCUACCUGCUGUCCUUCCGCAGGCAGGGCAGCACUAGCUGGCAGACCGCCCGGGUGCCCGGCGCCGACGCCCAGUACUUCGUCUACAGCAACGACAGCAUCCAGCCCUACACGCCUUUUGAGGUCAAGAUCCGAAGCUACAACCGCCGGGGGGAUGGGCCUGAGAGCCUCACAGCACUUGUGUAUUCGGCCGAGGAAGAGCCCAGGGUGGCCCCCACCAAGGUCUGGGCCAAGGGGAUCUCAUCAUCAGAGAUGAACGUGACCUGGGAACCUGUGCGGCAGGACACAAAUGGCAUCCUCCUGGGGUAUGAGAUCCGCUACUGGAAAGCUGGGGACAAAGAAGCAGCUGCUGACAGAGUGAGGACAGCAGGGCUAGACUCCAAUGCCCGAGUCACCGGCCUCCACCCUAACACCAAGUACCACGUGACCGUGCGGGCCUAUAACCGCGCUGGCACCGGGCCUGCCAGUCCUCCCACCAAUGCCACAACCAUGAAACCUCCUCCCCGGCGACCUCCUGGCAACAUCUCCUGGACUUUCUCAAGCUCCAGUCUCAGCAUUAAAUGGGACGCUGUGGUCCCUUUCCAAAACGAGUCUGCAGUCACUGGCUACAAGAUGCUGUACCAGAAUGACUUACACCCAACUCCCACACUCCACCUUACUGGCAAGAACUGGAUAGAAAUCCCAGUACCCGAAGACAUUGGCCACGCCCUUGUACAGAUUCGGACCACGGGACCUGGAGGGGAUGGCAUCCCGGCAGAAGUUCACAUCGUGAGGAAUGGAGGCACAAGCAUGAUGGUGGAAGACGCGGCAGUCUGCCCAGCCCCACACCCCGGCGCCAUCCUCUCCCACUCCACAGCGAUGCUCAUCCUCAUAGGCUACCUGGAGCUCUGAACUCGGCGCUUCUCCUUCCGCAACAGAACUGGAACCCAACUCUGACGGACACAGCCAGCUGGCCCUGGCCGUUCCCAAGCCAAGGUGGCCCAACACUGUGCCCAGAGUGGUUGGUUUUAAACACCUACUUUAAACAGGACCCUUUGUGCAGGAGGUAGGAUAGUUCAUAUUCUGCCACAGGACAGAACCAUAGGCGGAUCUUUUUCUCUAAAUGAAGAUGUACUGAGCAGUGACUUCCAUGAUGAUACUGCACCCACCCCUGGGCCCCUAGGGGUUCUGGAUGGAAGAAACGAGCCCAUGGGAAGAAGGGGGUUGAAUGCAUAUCUUGAAUGGCAAGAGAUGGCACUCGGAGUCCACAUGUAGACUCUGUCACCUGAGUGCAGAAUCCUGGGCCCUGUGGGAACACCUGGCAGGAGCGGGCUGAGGACCUCCCUCAACUAAGAAAAGGACGAACCCUGGGACCAAGACCUCUCCUCAUCCUCCUGUUGAGGAGCAGCGCCGCCGGACCCUGGCGUUUUCCUCCGACUCCCCAGCAGCCCCUGCCUGCCUGGGCGGCUAGAACUCUUGCCCUGCUGCUGGGAUCGGGAGCCUGAGCCCCUUCAGCAUUGAGGGAUGAGACUCCAGACUUUUAGGGGUGGGAGCUAAGAAGGGUUGGGAGGCUGGGAUGCCUGGUGGAAUGGGGCACCAGCCUGAGCCUGAGUUAUGGGCACCAUGUGGGUGACACUGCCCUCUCAGCCAACACUGCCAACCCAACCCUGUCACCCGAGUGCCAGAGCCACCCUAGGUGGCUGGGACUAAAGGGCUUGUCUUGGGGAAGUCCCUCACCAAGACUUAUCCUGCACAGCCCCUCCAGGGUUAGGGCAGGAGACUACCAGGCGCUCACCCGCCCAUCCCCUCCAGCUCUGCCUGCAGACCUGUGGCCACCUCCCCCACUGCCACCCUCAAUGCAGCAUUCCUUCUCUGUUCCAGCCUCUGGAGGCUUCUGAGCCAGGCAAGGAUCAAUAUGACCCUGCCUGCUCCCAGGAAUACCCUGGACCACCUGGAGAGCCCUGUUCCCUAGACUGCCUGGACCGCUCUCUAACCCCAGAAGAAAGAGGGGUUAAUAAAGGGGACAUCCCACCUUGAGCUCAGGUGUACUACCAGUCACGGACAACAGAACUGGAAGAGGCCUGAGAGCUCAAGUUGUCCACGCCCUGCACUCCCCAGAUGAGGAACUGGAGGUCCAGAGAGGAUCAGGGACUUCUCAAGGUCACAGGGCCUACAAGUAGAGGGGAUGGGACAAGAACACAACUCUUUUACCUGCCUGUUCAAGGCUCUGUCUCUGCAGAAGGAGGAGGCAGUGCUGACGGCUGUUAUAAAGGUGAUCAAGGCUGAUGUGGGGGUGAACAGUCUACUUCAAGGGUCCCCAUUGCUGACCACGAGGAUUGCAUGGCUGAGCCCAGCCCAAGGUGUGGCAUAUUCUGGGAGAUGCUCAGGCCUCCCUUGCCUUCUGAGCCUGGCUUCUGCUGGGGACUCAACAUGCACUACCAACUUGAAGUCCCAACCCCCUUACCCUUGCUCCAAGAAGAGGCCAAAGCAAGGACAGAGUUCCCCAAUCCAGGCAGCAGUAGCAGUGCAGCAGGAAACCCCAAAGCCUGUGCUCUGCCAGGGGACUCUCACAUCUGGGAGCAGCGUGACAGGCAUCUUGAAGGGCACUUGUCCCUGAAGCUCCCUGGGCCAGUUUUCUGUAGUUUACAGUUAGAGCUCUAUUUUGUUAUGGUUUUUUAAACUUUUAAGUCCUGCUCUAUUUUCCUGGGCAGGUUUAUGUUAAUGUUUACCCAGUACAAUUUUUUUAAAAACGUCAGCUCACACAACUUCUCCCUGCCACCCCACAGCCACCUCCCUGCAAUCCAGGACUGCAAGGAGGCUACGGGCUUAGCUAAGUGACCAUUCCCCCUCACAGGGACCCCAGAUUUGGCCUAGCAUCUCUCUUUGUGCCCUGCUAGCUAUGAUUUGGCCUGUGCCCAGUUCUCUACCAGAAGGGGACACUGAAAGAAGCUUCCCCAAGGUUUAUCUGAUUCUCUCCUCACUGCCUGGGGCUGCAGCAGGGGAGACAGGGAGCCUACUUGCCAGGCCGGGAUGAGCUGCUUUGGCACAGGAGCUAACCAGGGAUGCGGGAGGCUGCAGCCCCUAAGCUUGUUUGAAGGAACACUCAUGGUCAAGUACCUUACUUCAAAGAGGUCCAUUAGAAAGAGGGGGAUGGUGAUCUGCUUGGGAGACCAGGAAGGGUUUCUUACCAGGAAACCUGACUGCUUCACAGACAGAAUUUGCUUGGGGGACAGAGCCAUAGAACUCUAUUAUUAUAGCAGAUGUUCCUGCAGCAUAAGACUGCAUGUGACUGAGGUUACAGGCUUGUAAAAUGGAAUAGCUUCUUGCUGGGGUGGCUUAGAGGAAUAGACUAGAUUAGGCAGCUUCCAGAGUCCCUUCCUGCCUGAGGGGCCUAUGAUUUUGUCUUCUCUGCUUGGAUGGGCAGGGGGAGCUGAGUGGGGCUCACUCCUGCUGCAGUCCGGACUCAAUUCUGAAUUCCCUCCUUUCACACCAAGCCCCAGAGAGAGGCAGAAGCAAGGGUUAGUUCAAACAAGUAUUUUGCUGCCUCACAGCUUAAUAAUGACGAGUAAAUGCCCUGAGAACUAGGGACAGCCAGCCUAAGAUGCCUUUUCAGGGCUGGGCAGACAAGCACCCACUGAUCUGCAAGCACUGGGGCCCAGGCAGCAGCACUCACCUCCUUGGUCCUUGUGUCUCUAACAGGGCAGGAGGGCGGAGACUCUUGCAUCUGCUCAGAGAGUUGCGGGGCUUACAGGGCAGCUUCUACUUUCAUUCAGGGUAGCAAAUCACAAGGUGAUGCCAGGGAGUAGC